AUGUGGAAGACAUGCACAGAGCUGUCUAGACCAGAGGCUGUCAAAAUUUUUGCUAGGUCGGACAUGAUAGGUCAUGGGGGGCUUAACCAACUAGGCGGCAUGUUUGUGAAUGGUCGGCCACUCCCGGAGGUGAUCCGGCAGCGUAUCGUGGACAUGGCGCACCAGGGUGUGCGUCCCUGCGACAUCUCCCGCCAGCUGCGCGUCAGCCACGGCUGCGUCAGCAAGAUCCUGGGCCGGUACUACGAGACGGGCAGCAUCAAGCCGGGGGUGAUUGGCGGCUCCAAGCCCAAGGUGGCCACGCCCAAGGUGGUGGAGAAGAUCGGGGAGUACAAGCGGCAGAACCCCACCAUGUUCGCCUGGGAGAUCCGGGACCGGCUGCUGGCCGAGGGGGUGUGCGACAGUGACACCGUGCCCAGCGUCAGCUCCAUCAACAGGAUCAUCAGGACCAAGGUGCAGCAGCCAUUCAACCUGCCCCUGGACGGGAAGUGUCUGAGCCCGGGCCACACCCUGAUCCCCAGCUCAGCGGUCACCCCCCCAGAGUCACCCCAGUCGGACUCUCUGGGCUCCACCUACUCCAUCAGCGGGCUACUAGGGAUCCCACAGGCUAGCGCAGAGGCCAAACGGAGCCUCGAUGACAGUGACCAGGAGAGCUGUCGGCAUAGCGUUGACUCACAGGGCAGUGGGGGCGGUCCCAGAAAGCAGCUCCGCCCCGAGCAUUUCCCCUCCCAGCACCUGGACUGCGGCUUCGAUCGCCACCACUACACCCCCGAUGCCUUCGCCUCUCCCGGCUCCGGGAAGACUGAGCAGGCUCUGUAUUCUCUCUCGCUAAUUAACGGAAGCCUUGAAGAGGGGAAGGCCAGCCUCUCGGCAUCGAGUGCUGCCAUUGGCCGCAACCUGACAGCACACCAGGGCUACACAGUGGUGACAGACCCCCUACAGCCCCUCCCACUUUGUCUGAAACAGGAAAUGUCCCCAGAGGUGACUAGCUCCAGCCCCUCCCCAAACAUCGCACCCAACUCCGCCUUCCUGGAGCUUCAGCCAAUCCCGGCUCCUGCUCCUGUCAGCAGCAGCUGUGGCAGCUCCUCCCAUUUCUCUCAUGCUUUCAACUCAUUCUCCCAUCAUGCUCCGGUGUACGGGCAGUUCACCAGCCAGUCGCUCAUAGCAGGGCGGGACAUGGUGAGCUCCACCCUCCCAGGGUACCCUCCUCACAUUCCUGCCAGUGGCCAGGCGGGCUACUCCUCCUCAGCCAUCACUGGCAUGGUGGCAGGUACGGAUUACUCUGGUCAAGCCUACACUCCUUCCCCAUACACCUCCUACAGUGAAGCUUGGAGGUUUACCAACUCCAGUAUCCUGGGCUCACCAUAUUACUACGGAUCUGCUUCCCGUACCGCGCCCCCCUCCACCGCAGCCUAUGAUCACCUCUAG